AGUCUAGCAAAGUGAAUGGAUCCUGACUAAAAGCGCAGUUUCUUAUUAAGUCAAGUAUAGUCCAGUAUAGACUAUAGAGAUUACUCACUUGUAUCAAAUUCUGCUUUUGCUGUCGAAUUUCUUGGAGUCAAAAUGAACAAGUUGGCGACCAUUUUGCUGUGUGUCAACUUCAUUACAGUACUGUUCCCUCAGCCGGGUUACAUCCAUCCAGAUGAGUUUUUCCAGUCCUCCGAGAUUGUAGCAGGGGACAUGCUAGGAGUUGAGCACUUCCGUGCUUGGGAGUUUGAGCCGUCUACACCUGUGCGCAGUAUUGUUUUCCCAUACCUGGUGGCAGGGCCAUCCAUAUCACUGCUCAGGUGGAUGAACUCAACGGGCAUUCACGGCCUUCAAAUCUCAGCUGUAAAGGUAGUCAUGGCAACAAGGCUGCCUCUUGCUUUUCUCAGCGUGUUUGGAUAUCUGGCCACAAGCCGUUUGGCUCUGGUUUUUGGGGCUGAGGAGUAUUUGAGCACGGUGCUGUGGUGUAGCUCUUAUGUGACGUGGGCGUACUUCACCAGAACCUUCUCCAACACAGUGGAGGCCGUCCUUCUGGCCGUUGUGCUACUGCUUGUUUUGUCUUCUCCAGCUGUGAAGAGUUCCCUCCCUCUGCCUGUAAAUACAGAGCCACAACCUGCUAAAGACGAUAGCGGUAAAGGAGAAAGUCCCAAGACAGACCAGGAUGAGAAAAGUGCUGACAGUAGAAAAGAUGUUAAAAAAGAUGGAAAAGAGAAGAAACGAAAAGAAAGAGAGAAUGAAAGGCAAGCGAAGUUAUUACCUCAGUCUGGUCGUUCUUCAGACGCCAAGAGAUGUUCUGCUGGGGCCUCAAAGCUGAGAGCCUACCUUUUAGGAGCAUUUAUAACGGCAGGCUUCUUCAACAGACCCACAUUUCCUGUAUUUGUAGCUGUACCUGUUUUGCUGUGGCUCUACAGUUUGAAAGCUAACUCCUUCAGGGAGAGAAGUAUUUUCCGUUUGUUAGGUCCGUGUUUCUUUAUGAGUGUCGGGGCACUUGUGGUGUUCUGUGGUUUUGUUGUUGCAGAUACCUUGUAUUUCAACCCCGACUCUGUGAACAUCGUUUCCCACUCUCUCCACGGGCUCUUUGACGGCAGCAUAUCUUUUACCGCCAUGUCAUCUAGUGUGAAGGACAUGACUUCUGCCAUGAUUGUCACCCCUUGGAACUUUAUCCAGUAUAACCUGAGGACAGAGAAUCUGGCACAGCACGGUCUUCACCCUCGUUACACCCAUAUUGUUGGAAACCUUCCUCUUUUGACCGGGCCUUUGUACGUGCCAAUAGUGAUAACGUCAGUGCUGUCCAUUCUGCGAUGUCUUACCAGGCAAAGUGACAAGAAUAAUGGAUUCUAUGAUAGCCUGUGGCUUACUUCCAUGAUGAUGCUUCCUGUUCUUGCACUGUCUGUGUUUCCCCACCAGGAACCCAGAUUUCUCAUCCCCUUGUUGCCAGUUUUAGUUGUGUUAGGGGCGAAAACUGUCUCGGCGAUGGCUCCCGCCAAACUUUCUUUCUUUGCCUUGUGGGCGUUUUUCAAUAUUUUUCUAGUUUUGGUUUACGGCUACAUUCACCAAGCUGCACUUGUUCCAGCACUUUCUAUUUACCAGCAGAAGCUGUCUUCCUCUCCUGUAACCACGAGUCAACAUCAUGCCAUAUUCUACAAGACGUACCCACCCCCACGCCAUCUUCUGCUGGUCAAGCCUCAGAACAUGAAUAUCAAAAUCCAUGACCUGGCUGGAGCACCCAUCGACUCAAUGGUUAGCCUGGUCAAGAGCACCAAGUCUGAGUGUGUCCGCUCCAAGACCAAGUGCCAGAUCUACGUCUUUUUGCCGUCCACUGUGACCCCCAGAGUUCUAGACGAUCUGUCGCCGUACAAGAUCAGCACAACGAGCAUCUGCCCUCAUCUGUCCAUGGAGUCGCCUCCCAGGUUCCGGGCCUGGUGGUCAAAGAGGCUGAGCCCUGACGAGUUCCUCAUGGACUUCUGUCUCAAUAUCAUGAGAAUUUCUUGAUCAAAGCAAAACCACAGAGAUCAACCUUACUAGUUUUCAGUGUUACUAUGUUUUUUUAGCAAUGAUAUUAGUAUUAUUUUAUUAGUAGAGAGGGAUACAUCUUCAUGAACAAUUUGAAGACUUAACAAUGGCAGCUUACUGGAAAAGACGAGCCAAAAAAACUGAUAUCAGGAAAGCUUAUUCUGGGAAAACUCAAGCUGGUAGCCAUUAACUUCAAGAGGAUGCUGCUCUUUGCCCUUGCCCACUUUAUCAGUAUCAUUGCAUAGUUUGUUAUCAGCUAUGGGUAUAAAUAGACCCUCUUAUUAUAUUAUACUAUGGGUAUCAGAAUUUAAUUUUCAGAUUUUUCCCUAUUUGUAUAGUCAUGUUAUAGAGGAUCUAUCUUAGGCAGCCUACCACUGUGCUGGAUAGGGUUCAAAUUUUGUGGAAAGUCAUGAUUUCACGUGUUUUACCAUCUAUUCUGAGUGAGUAAGUCUAUCGGUCAGCUUUUUGCUUGAUGUAUUCCUCAAAUUUGAAAAUGUUUGCUGUAUGCACUCAGAGGGGAUAAAAUGAGCCAAGAAAAUGGGUCAGGAUUUCCAUAUCUCUUGCUAGAUGAACUAGAUGUUCACUUGCAAACUGGAUGUCGAUGAGCGACCGAGUAGUGGUGGGAAUGCGGCUCUUAACUACUUUUAUACGAUGGUUUAAGCGCCUGUACAUACCAUGGGGGCAAUGUGAAAGUGCAUAAUUUGUGGAGAUUGAAUAUCAAAAAUAAAUGUCUUCCUUUCUCCUCAUGUUAUCUGAAGUGGGUUUGUUGAGCAGUGAUAAAGAGUACGGUAGGGUAUGAUUGAAAGUUUGAAAGUCAAAAGUUGCAACGAACCACCUCAACAUUUAUAACCUACUGUUACUCAGUGUUACUACACGAUAGGAGCAGCUUACAGAAAAACUGGCGAUUACACUGUCAAAGCUGUUUGUUCUAUUAUAUUGAAUCUAGACGGUUGGAAUUUGUUUUUUUUUAAUGUACAUGAAGUUUUAUGCCCACAUCAACCCAAGAUUAUUUAGGAAGUGUGCCUUGGACCCUGCCUGAAAGUUGAAAAGGCCGAGAGGGAUACGACUUCCCAGCAGAAAGACUGAGAUAUAUGUACUUGAUAAAAGUUUUUCCUCCCAGGGAUCAAACUCUGGCCUUUUGCUUGUGUUGCAAAGUCAUCAUAGGUUAACUGAUAAGGAAAAGAUGUCCUUUUAAUUUAUUUUAAAGUAAAAAAUGUGUUUAAGUUUUUUAAUUGAAAAUUUGAAGUCCUUUUUGGGUUUUCUCCAGCUUGAGAACAUAUGAGCAAGUUCAUUCUUUCAUGUGAGUCCUCAUUUAUGUUUUAUAAUUUACAGAUCCUUUUUUUGUAUUUUUACUUCUUCUGACAUCCAUUCUUCAAGUUCUUGGAAAUGUUUUCAUUUCUGUAUCAGUUCCACAGAGGAAAGUUGAGCUGUUUCUUGUCCAAUAUUUGUUUUUUAUUUUUGUACAUCCCAUACUCACCAUCAUCUGAUCUUCUAUUGUGUAACAGGCUCUUAGUGGCACACACAGAAGAUGUGAGUUCGAUUUCAGUGAGAGGAGAAUUAAAACCCUAUCCGUAUGUCGUGUUUUACCA